GGCCCGGAGAGGCCUCGGGGCGCGGGGGGCCGCAGUGUGGCGGCGGCGGUGGUGGAGCGCAGCAGCCAGGGCCAUGCCCGCCAAGAAGUCGUUCCGCCGGCGGAGGGAGGACUCGGAGGAGGAGGAGGAGGACGAGCAGGUGGCGGAGGAGGUCAGGUUAAAACUUGAGGAAACCAAAGAAGUUCAGAGCCUCAGAAAGCGACCCAAUGGGGUGAGCGCUGUAGCUCUGCUUGUGGGAGAAAAGUUGCAAGAAGAAGCAACACUUGUGGAUGACCCGUUUAAGAUAAAAUCUGGGGGAAUGGUGGACAUGAAGAAGCUGAAAGAAAGAGGCAAGGACAGGAUUAAUGAAGAGGAAGAUCUAAACUUGGGAACUUCCUUCUCAGCUGAAACCAACAGGCGGGAUGAAGAUGCUGACAUGAUGAAGUACAUUGAGACGGAGCUGAAGAAGAGAAAGGGAAUUGUGGAGAACGAGGAGCAGAAGGUGAAGCUAAAAAAUGCCGAGGAUUCUCUGUACGAGUUGCCAGAGAACAUCCGUGUCUCCUCUGCCAAGAAGACUGAGGAGAUGCUGUCCAACCAGAUGCUGAGCGGCAUUCCCGAAGUGGACCUGGGAAUUGAUGCAAAAAUAAAAAACAUCAUCUCAACUGAAGAGGCCAAGGCCAAGCUGCUGGCAGAGCAGCAGAACAAAAAGAAAGACAGUGAAACUUCCUUUGUUCCCACCAACAUGGCUGUUAACUAUGUCCAGCACAAUAGAUUUUAUCAUGAGGAGCUAAACGCACCAGUGCGAAGGAACAAAGAAGAGCCAAAGCCCCGUCCACUGAGAGUGGGGGAUACGGAGAGGCCAGAACCUGAGCGGUCUCCUCCAAAUCGCAAACGUCCGCUCAAUGAAAAAGCAACUGAUGAUUAUCACUAUGAGAAAUUCAAGAAGAUGAAUAGGCGAUACUGAUGAACAUGGGCUGAAGUCUUUGCAGUUGCUCUUAAUUUCCUCCAAUAAAGGAUUUUGUGUCAGUGACCUGAAAUGGAUGUGCGGAGAGUCACUACCUUCACAUGCUGGUGUUACCUACGAAGCUUUUCUCGUGACCCUGUAGUGAAUCACUUGGCAGGUGAUCGUGAACUCUUUGGUCCAUAAAAUCUUGUAUAUAGGUUAUUUUUAGUUACAAACCUUUUAGAAGAACGUGAGCUUUCAUGGUUGGCAUUCUUUCACCCUCUUAAAAAAUAGUAAAAGAAGAGAUCCUUUAAAAGCAGCAGUGCUGUUUGCCUUGUAAGAAUAAAGGGAAGGGUUUUGCUGGAAUUGCUGGUUUGCUGGAAUGUAGCUUUGUUGGGGACUUUGCCUUUGUUCCCAAGGGCCUGAGCUCUGCAGAGUGUGUAAGGCUGAGACGCUGCAGCCGUGUGUUCGGUGCCGCUGCUCCUCAGCCUGGAUUGCAAGUGCUCGGGGAGAAAUCAGCGCUGGCUGUGCCUGGUGCUGCCUCGCCGGGCCCGUCCUCAGCGCAAGGAACGAAGCAGAUACACAGCGCCGGGGAUUUUAUAUCAUGCGCCGUGUCGUUUUGUAUCUUUUUCCCCCUGUAGACUUACUUCUGUAGCCAUUCGCUGCAUUUUAUUUUAGCUAAGAAGAGAACUUGAUCAGGUUGUUAACUGUUGGAUUUGAGGAAAAUCUCACUUUCAGCUCUCAGGACAGGGUCGCUAUGGCAGCUGAUGAAGAAGCCAGAGGCCCCGCAGCCAGUGUCAGCCAUGUCUGCCCAGGAGGUAUGAUGUGUGGGAGUUUGAAGGCAAGAUUUGUAACCUGAAAAUAAUAAAAGUGUUUUUAAGUGCU